UGUAUGUGUUUUGUGGCUGUCACCUGUCACUACUUACCACUUGUCCUUGUCAGUAUUUUGCAUAGGUAUUUUGUUGUCAAUAGUUUACCAAUUCUAGCAAUUAUCGGUAAAAAAAAGAUUAUUAACAAGUUUCUUUUGCGAUGGGAGACAAUAACGACAAUGAAAAACAGCCUCUCCUUAGCCAGGAAAAUACUACAUAUAAUGGGGAAGUUACAGCUGGUCAACAAGCAACCGUUAGCCCAAUUGGGCCCGAUGAGUUGCCGCCACCAUUUUACCAGCCCUCAGAGAGUGGCGGUGUCCCUAUGGUAACUUGCAGAGUUUGUCAAGCUAUGAUUGAUAUCUCUGGCAAAAGAGACCAGCAUGUGGUGAAAUGUGCCCAAUGCAAUGAAGCCACUCCAAUUAGAAAUGCUCCACCUGGUAAGAAAUAUGUUCGAUGUCCUUGCAAUUGUCUUCUCAUUUGCAAGAGUUCAUCUCAGCGCAUUGCUUGUCCUAGGCCAAAUUGUAAGCGCAUUAUCAAUUUGGCCCCCAGUCCUGUAACACCGCCCGUUCCAUCUAUGCCUGGAAUGUGUAGAGUGACAUGUGGACAUUGUCGAGAUACAUUUUUGUUCAACACGUUGAAUAACGCUCUGGCCCGUUGUCCCCACUGUCGCAACGUGUCAUCCGUCGGUCCGGAUUAUUCCCGAGGUCGUGGUAACAUCUUCUUUUUCCUGACUAUUAUAUGCCUCGCCAUUGGAAUUGGAGUAACGGUAGGCACAUACGGAUACGCUAAAACGCACGGCGGCAUGUACGUCGCAUAUAUAGGGGCCUUCCUAUUCACCAUUAUAUUCCUCAUACGCAGUUGCUAUUAUUAUUGUAUGAAGGUGAGUAUCAUCGAGGGACCAAUGUAACGCGCUAGGUGAAUUCAACGUGCUAAUCAAAUAUUGAUUUUUUCGAAAUUAUUUUUGUAAGUGAAAUAGGGCUUAAAAAAUUGUUUGUUUUUCUUUCAAAUAGAAAUCUUCUUAGAAAUGUCAAAUCAAAAAUUCUAGAUAAGUUGAAAUGCGAUUUAUGCGUUGAAUAUUAAUUUAAUAAUGAUUUAUUAAAAGGCAUUUUUAGGUAACGCUAGUGAAUAAUUUUUAUUUCUUUUGUCAUAAAACAUAGACAUGACCGACCGCUAUAAUGAUUAUUGAAAUGUAUGAAAGUUUUUAAGAAUUAAUUAUAAAUUUGAAUAUUGUUUCAAUUAAUUUUUUAGACCCAUUUUAAGUACUAAAUUGAAUGUGCGCGAAUAAAAAUUAAAAAAUCAUCUUUAAAAUUACUAUAAUACAGGGUGGUCUGAAUUACAUUCGGGAAACUUUGGCAGCAUAUUCUACCGAUAAAAAUAAGUAAAAAAGUUUGUAUAAAUUUAUGUCCUAAAACGCUUCGUUUCGGAGAUACAGGGUGUAGAAGUUCCUUUUUUAUUUCGAUGCUUUCCAAAUAAUUUCUGAACUAACGUAUAUAUUUGGAUGAACAUUGGUGUCUGAGUGUUUUUUGACAUGAUAAACUACUGAGUGAAAAAAUAUACAUUUUCGCCGUUUUUACGUAAAAAAGGUCUCUUGGUAAAUAUCGGUAUAAGUAAUUGUUCCCCAGAUAUUUGGAAUGUGAAUUAUCAAUACAUGCCACAUGUUGACUAGAUAGUUAUUUGAAUGAAAUGAUAAAUCUGGGAACUUAUUAUUUUUUUAAAUUAAUCAUAAUUUUUCUAGAAAAAAUUAUAAUGAAACAGUUUCUGUUGAACCUUU